CUGAUGAGUGUAACCACAACAAACAUCCUGGGAGUCGAAAACUACGGUUCAAGUUGGUGUGAAAAAAUGGAGCUGGGAGAGUACAGCCUUGACUGUCAGGAUCGAAACUUUGCGGAAGCUCCGGUUUCACCUGUUGAGGAGCUACUAUUUCUGCUUACCAGUCUGAAACCGAGAGUGAUCAGUAGAAUACUGAACCGUACGAGAGCGCUCAAGAAAUUCUCUUAUGAUAUGUUUGACGUGUUUCAGCGAUGCGAUUACGAGCCGAAGAAACUACUCUGCUCACUGGCUAAAUAUACGCAGUCAAUUGAGCACAUAACCUUGGAAGCUUAUAGUAAUAGGAAUAGGAAUGUACGAGAAUUUCAACCCCAUCGUAGAACGAAACUCGAGGAUCAAGCCAUUGAUCCCUAUGGUGGGAAGGAAGUCGAAAACCGAGAUAUAAGACUUUUUGAUGAGGCAGAGAUCGAAGAAAAGAGCAUCUCUCUCCGAGGUUGUAAGAAAUUGCAAUCAUUGCGGUGCCACUGGGAUGCGCUUUAUCCCGAGUCCAUCACCAAGUCACCGCACACAUGCCAAUACCAUACUGAAUAUGAUGUGCGCGAGCUACUUCCGGAGACGCUCGAGUCUUUACAUCUCUUGGGGGAAUUCUCUGACAAUCAAUGGCAACAAGUAUGUGCGAAUUUUGCGCACGACAGCCCUCUCACGCCCAAGCUGAGAAAUGUUUUCAUUGAGAGGGAGGACUCCCAUGAGACUGCUGGCUCAAAGCCUCGCAAGAGUAUAGUCUCGAUCUCUAAAAACCCCCUUGCACGUUUUGGGACCAGAUUAUGA